AAAAUAGCAGAUAAAGUUUUUUUAACAAUUUUUUUUUUUAACAGUUUGACUGAGCAUCACAAUUCAGUGUGGAUUAUUUUAUGUAUCUCACAACGCUGCUUUGCAAAGAGUAUGGAGAAGUUUGUUUAAUAUCCUGUGCAAGAGACAUGCCAUGUAGUUUUUUACAUUUCAGUCUUAUGUACGAUCGAGCACUCAGUGCCCCAUCUAGUCCUACUAAAGCCGACCCGUCAGGACGCAGAAGCUGGGAGGAGCCAAGCUGGCUGGGGUCGUCACCACGGACACUGAAUCGCGACAUGAAGCAGAACGUCAGCCGCUCUCUACAGACGCUCCCCACCUCCUCCAGCUCCUUCAAGCCAGAUUCUUUACAUCGUGUUUUGGGCCGUGGUGGUGGCCGUCCUGCUAAGGCUGAACUCCAGAAGGCACGCAUGCGCCUCUCGCUGCAGGAACACCUCUGGGCCUUCUUUCAAGAGCGAGUGGCGAUCCCUUCAGAAGAGCAGGCUACUGCUCGGCGUGCAGCGCUGGAUAUCUGUGCGGAGCUCAGAGUCUUUCUCCACGCUAAACUGCCGGAUAUGCCCCUGCGAGAAAUGUACCUGAGCGGAAGUCUGUACGACGACCUUCAGGUGGUGACUGCAGACCACGCCCAGCUCAUGGUACCCCUGAUCCUCGAGAAGAAUCUUUGGUCAUCCAUUCCUGGUGAGGACACCAUCAUGAACCUUCCUGGCUUCUGGCUGGUCCGUCGGGAAAACCUCGAGUACUUCCCGCGCGGAAGCAGCUACUGGGACCGUUGCAUGGUGGGCGGCUACCUUUCCCCCAAAAGUGUCCUAGAAGUUUUCGAAAAGCUCGUCGCCGGCUCAAUCAACUGGCCCGCCAUCGGUAGCGUUUUAGAUUACAUCAUCAGGCCCGUGGUCCCGUCGGAAACGCUUACGCUAGAAGUGCAGUACGAAACAGACCGUCGCCUUUAUGUGGACUUCCUCCCAUUGCUUGUUAUGGAGGACGGCGUCUCGCUCAUCGCCAAACCACACCAACUGGCCGCCGAACGGCAUGAGAACCUGUGGCGACAGAGUUUUCGUGUGGCGGAAACGGCGAAGUUGCGCGCGCUCGAUCAGGAAGACGCCGGGUGCCGCUGCGCGUGUCUCAAAGUCACUAAAGCCGUAUGUAAACUGAAUCCAGCGCUAGCGCGGUUAAACGCUAGCCAGCUCACCAAUGCAAUCCUUCUCCUGAGCGAACAGGAGGGCGAUUGGACUCAGGAGGCGCUCGCCGAUCGUUUCAUGCAGCUUCUUCGUGGACUUGUGGGACACCUGGAGGCUGGGAGGUUACCUUGCAUCUUCAACCUUAAAGUCAAUCUGUUCUGUGAGCUGACACCGCAGGAAAUAGACGAACUGGGAUACACGCUAUACUGUGCACUGUCUGACCCGGAGAGCCUUUUGAGAACUGUUUAGCAAACGUGAAUCUACCCCACAAGGAAUUGAGAAGAUGCACGAACCAAAAUUAUGGCAAUGCUUUCACGUCUUGUUCCGUCAUAACCUCAGUUGGUUUUCACACAACCAUAUUUUUGACAGUCAUACCAUCAUAAGUUAUUUCCAGGCACUAUAAUCUCAUCCGUUGGUCAUAUUUUGUGUGACCCAUCUCAUAUCAUUUCAGUGUUUUUUGUCUUUCCUCAGGCACAAUGAAGGGUCAUGACGAUUGUGUGUUUAUCUAGAGAAGAAUCAAUCAUAACUUCAAGCACCAUAAUGUCUUAUGUUUUCCGUUGUUACCCAUAUAAUUUGACAUGUUACAUUUGAUCUGUGAAAUUCAUGAUUUCAUGUUCCCAUUUAUUUGUUACAUGGGACAUUAAAAUACUGAACAGUCUCUUGGAUUCACCAAAAUAUAUCUGACUGUUUUUAGCUUAAUCAGCUGGAUUAUCUGUCAGUUACUAAAUUUCCUGUGAUGUGUUUAUGAUUUCUUGCAACUCUGACGCUGAAAAGGUGAUUAUAUAAUUGAAUUAUUUUUAGUAAACCAACUUUCUGAAAUAUUAAAUUAUUGGAAGAGAACUGAAUUUAAAAGCAGUAAAAAUGCCUAGAAUAACUUUUUCAGGAUAUUUUUCAGGACUGCUCUGUUAUUCAAAAUCAGUUGCAAAGUGGUAGUUUAAGAAAAACAUCACGUUUAUUUGAUCCGAUUGAUUCCUCCCCCAAUAUUUUCAUCUUUCUUGUCGGUUUGUGCCAUUUAAAAUAUGCAAAUGACCAGUUUUACAGUCUCUAAGUUGUCCUUUAAAAGUCAUUUAAUGUUAUUUAAAUGGUCAACAUGGGUUACCGUAGCACUGCUGAAACCAGAUGAACAUAAAUACCUGAAUUAAUAAUCAUAUCGCAUCUUUACAAUGGCUAAACGGAGACAGAUGUGAUUUUUUUUAUUGCAUUACAGCUGCCUAACAAACCAAGGAAACUCGUGCAGACCUCCUUAAGGCUAUAGCAUCAUUUAAGAACACCGUUUCAUUUUGAGGCUGUGGGUUAUAAGGAAGGUCAACUGAAAUGUGUUGUGCGUCUAUGCGCAAAUGAUGUAAAGCCAAAAAAAAAAAAAAAAAAAAAAAGACUUCAUAUAAACAUUUUAGUAUUUUUGUAUCGAUUGUACAGAUGUAACCAAAAAGCAGUGUGAAACUAUUUAUGUAAAUCUUAUGAUCAUUCUUUGUGCUUGGAGAGUGACGUCUGUUAGAACAAAAUACACAAUAGGCUACGUGAAAUGAAAUAUGAAAUGCCAAAACUCGCAGGAGAUCUUGUGUUUAUGUGUUGAAGCGUUUAUUUUGCUUGCGUACCAGAACACCCGCGUCUACCUGUGUGAUGUAGCAGAAACACAUUUACCUAGCGAAUGACAUGAAAGAGCUGCACCGAAUCCAAAAGUAGAUCUGCUAGUGGAGUUCAGCUUGGACUAGUACUUUGCAUGUGAUGCUUGUGCACUCGAUUCUUCAUUUCCUGGUGAUUUGUAUUUUUAUUAAAAAGCAAUUUGUAUCAUUUGUUCUGUAAGAGUGUUCUGUGCCUCGGGUCUCUGUGCUGCGAUGCAGAGCAAAAGGAUGAAAAUAAAGUCGAAUGGAGUGAAACUA